AUCAGACUUGCGUGGUAUUUUAGUAUAAAAAAAAAGAACGUUUUCCCUUUUUUCCUCCCCAUUCGUUGACAGACUAUUCAACCCUCUAUCCUGCCCAAUGAGGAAGACGAACCUGUUACCAGUGUACUCUGUUUUCCUGGAUUCUUCAAGGUUCCCAAAAUUUGCUCCCUGAAGUCAUUCAGACGGACAUUUCGCCGCCAUUCACCCAAAGUCGUUCCCGCCAUUAUUGAGACGGAUGGGAGUUCAUCAUCGCUCUCUGAUCAAUCUGAACAAGGGACCCCAGUGACCACAUCAUCAAGCAAUGGACUAAGAAGGCAUUGCUGGGAAGAGAAGGCCACCACUUGUUCUACUGCAGAAGAGCAAUCCAACAAGAGCUUAUCAGAAAAGUGCCAAGAGCUGUCGAAAACUGUUUCAGCAGCCAUAGGACACUUACCCAAUUGCUCAAAGCUCAAAUGCAUCCACUCCCGAUGCGAAGGGGCAUGUGGAUCCAGUCAGGCAGGAAAUGACUUCAAUGAGAGUUCUAGGGCAUGCUCUCUUCUUCUUCGUGCAAUGACCUUGAGUCAUGCUCUUCAUGAUGGCAUCAUCUCCAGCCUGAACCUGUGGAAGGUUGUUGGAAACAAGCCGUUUUCCAAACCCGGUGACUGCAAAAUGACGAAUUUAGAGUACGAGGCGAAGAUCACCAAACCCAUCAGGAAGAGGAUGAAGGAGAUCAUCAAAGACCUGCGUCUACAGAUUGCCCUUGUUGACGAAGUGUUGCAGAGGGCCGAUGCAGCAUUGGAAGGAAAAACUUUUCCCAAAAAAUUUGCUGCAACAAAUGACUACUUCAAAGAGUUUCGAGAAGUGGCAUCCAAUUGCAGUCCCUCAAAAGUCUUGGCAGACUUUGCUCGAGUUGUUUCCGCCACCCAGAUGCUUAUCAACAAAUCCUCCUUUCUCUCUGAUCGCCUGUCUGCUCUCGGCCCGGACAUCCCAUUGACAGUAAAGCAGCCGUUCCUCCGCACAUCUGCUGACGGCAUAACCUACAAGGGCUACACCAUGGAGAAACAGUUUACAGGAAUAACCAAGGAACUUAUUAGGUAUCGUAAAGCCAUGCUCUACGUAUCAGACGAGAUCAAGACCUUGGAUGGUAAGCUGAAGAAGCAAGCUAUGAAGGAUAAAAAAAUAGCUCUUAAGAUGAAACUAGGAAAGAAGAAGUGCCCAAAGUCUAAUCGCACUGCUGCCCAGCUUAACAUGGCCAAGGUUCCAAGCAGCAGAGUCAUCAGCAUAAUGCCAAGCAUCGAAGAGGUCGAGGAGGCGGAGUGAAACUCGCGAAAGGCGGUUAUAGUAAGACUGACGAGGAAAAAAAGAGUUGUUGCUCCGUAUCUCAUGGCUAAGGUCCUAUGAAUAAGUCAUCGUUGUAGCACCGAUCAUCAAAGUGAUAUAGGAGGCAGAGUGGAAGUCGAGAAACGAUGGGCACAAACUUCUAUUUGGAAAGACUUGACUUCACGGGAAAGGCAGUGUCCAAAAUAAGUUUCACCUGGCCGAGGUUCCAAUGAAGCAAGUCAUCACCGUGAUGCCGAUCAUCAAAGUGAUGGAGGAGGCAGAGUGAAACUCAAGAAAGGGUCAAACACAAACUUCUGUUUGAAAGGCUUGACUUCAUGGAAAAGAAGGUCUCCAACAUAUUCUGUGAUUGAGAAAGGAUAUGUUAUCCUGCAUCAACGCUUUACUGUGAAAAGCGGACAUCCUGGAAAAAGGAGUUUCCUAGAAUGUCUUUAGAGCUCAUAAAGAGCUUCAGAGAUAAAAAGCUCCCAAAGACACCUGACAUCUAAGCUUUCGAUCAACCAUCCUGCAAUGGUUACUGAUAACUAAGAAUCUACUCGUAGCGUGAUAACUUCCAAACAAAAUGCUGGGAUUAAAAGCAGUCCAGCUGCAAGAGGUGGUAGUGACAACCAUUCAUGGAAAUACUAAUUAGGGGCAGGGAAGCGGUUGAUCAUUAACAAUUUCAACAGAUAUUAAAGUAAAGCCUUUUGAAGAGGAAAUCAAUUUUUGCAGAAACACUUGUCACCGUCGAAUGUGAUACAUGACCACGGAUCAUUCAACAUACUCUUCACUAAAAAUUGAUAUAUGCUUACUGGAAGGUGAAUGAUAACGAAUUCAGUUGCAAAAAGUAACGGAAAUAAACUACAAUAAAAGGCAAACAAAUUGUGUUAUUA